GCUAGAAAUGAUCCUAUUGUUAAGACCUUAGGUUUGUAGCUAUGAAAAAUACAAGUUGUCGUAGAAAAUUUGUCAUAUUUUAGGGGCUUGGGUAAUCCAGGACUCCAGGUCCCUUUAUUCCUAUUGAAGGUCAAGCUCCAUGACAAGAGUCAUGGCAGCUUCUUUCAUUUCUGGUGAAGGUUGUGAAUACAGUAUAACCAUGUUGACUUGGUACUAUAUUUGCUAAAUUUUUGUGGGAUGUAGAAAUUCAGUAUGAAGAUUGCAGUGCCAUUUUGCUCCUCAUUUCAGUUGGGGAACUCAUGUCCAUGAUGUUUAAGGUAGUUUUAAUUUAGUUUUCCUAAACAGGAAUUGUUGAGUUUUAGAUGUAUGUGUAGUACAUGUAUAAAGAUACCCUAGCUUGAAGUCAGGCAAGGGCUUUCAUUCUUUUACAGCCGUUGCUGCAGGUUUAGGACAAGGCCUUUGUCCCACUUUUGUCAUACCGAGAGUGGCCUCCCUUGCAAGGAACCUCCACUGAUUGUCAGAGGUCCUUAUGGCCAAAUUGAUUUGUCCUUGACUUGUGGCAAUACUGGGAGAUGGUUUCUAAUUGUUAGAGAAUAUUCCAACACUGGAUGUGGUAGCAACACUGCAGUACUAUGAGUAAAGGAUAAACGAAUUUCAAAGUGCUGUGCUUGAAAUCUCUUAUGACUGCAGAAAUGAAGUGAUCAUCAUUAUCUUUAAGGUGAAUAUGAAGAGGUGUGUGAGUACUGGCCAUAAUUCUGGUGUUAAAAAAAUGAUUUCACUAAGAGAAAAGGUGAAGUUAAGGGGAAGAAAAAAUUCAUCUACUCAGACCUUUAAUGUGCAAAGUGCAAAAGCCAAGCCAAAAUCUAAUGUUAAAAGUAAAGGCUGCAAUGUAUUAUUACACACUUCUAAACAGUAUAGAGGUUUCCAAGAAAUCUCAAGACCUUCAGGAACUACUAAAACUGCUGAUGACCAUCACCAUGAUUAUGUCAGUCAAGAGCAGUUGGGGGAUAUGAAGCCUUUAAAACAUUUACCAUCAGAAGUGAGCAUGGAUAUAGAUUUACCAUUUGUAGACACUACAGCCAUCAUGUCAUUGGUUACCGGUGUUCCUAAAGUAGCAUAUAUGGGAAGGGGAGAUUUCCACAGCAUUGAUUGCAUUCGAGCUUGUGACAACAGAAAGGUAACUAAAACUUUUAGAAAUAUCUCAGUUUUGCAGGCAUAUUUAAAAUCUGAGGAUGCCAAAAGGUGGUUAUCAGAAGAAAAUGGAGCAGGCAGUGUUGUUCCAAAAAGUGAAUAUGUUGUAGAUGGAACAAAAUUUAAUGUAGUUGAGACUGUCGGUGGAAAUAAGGUUGAUUCUGAGGAACCUACUGUCAAGAGAAUAAAGCAAGAGAUAGAUGAUUCUUCUGAUGUUGAGGGUAAUAGUACUGGUAUACUUAAUGUAUCAUAUUCAGAGAAAUUUAAUAUAUAUAAAGUAAUUUAUUUCAGUCCUUCCAAUAAUCAGUUUAUAACCAAAGUUUUUGAAAAGUUUUCUUUGUUACUUGAAUUUUUAGAGUCAGGGGAAGUGAGGGGUUGCCUGUUGGAUAUAAAUGAUAAAUAUAAAGUUCACUCUAGUGUUCUUAUCAGUGAUUAUAAAAGUGGUUUGACCAAUAAGUACCAAAAUGAUGGAGAAAGUAUGAGUGUUGAAUCAGUUUCCAGUAAUAUUAAAUGUGAUGCUCAAGUUUCAGACGGGGAAAUGUGGUCUCCUGACCUACCUAAAGCUUCAUCAAAAAGAAAACAUAGCUCAUAUUUAUCUGUUGUAAAGUCUUAUUUACCUUCUGAUGAAUCAGAAACUUCAUUUGGUGAUGGAAAUGAAGAAAGUGUUGAUGAUUUAGAAAUUAAUGAUUAUCAAGAUAAUGUGAAUAUUGAUGAAGAAUGUGGUGAUGUUAAACCUAAGAAAGAACUUUGCUUUAUUAAUAGGGAAAACAAUUGUCAAAGUGCUCCCAUGGAUACCGAAGGUCAGUUUCCUAGAAAACGUUUGUCAUUAAAGCAUGAUAUUGAUACAUCUGCUAUUAAACCAUUGAUUGCAGGUUAUCCAAAAAUAUCAUAUAGGAAAAAAUAUGACUUUUAUAGAAUUGUUUGUAUUCGUGCUUGUGAUGGACAAAGAGUUACAGCUCCUUUUAGAUCUCUCUCAAAAUUACAAUUAUUUUUAAAUUCAGAGGCAGCAAAGUCUUGGUUACUUGAUGAACGUAAUAUUGGUGUUCGUUCCAAAAAAAGUAAAUCAUGCCCUGUGUCGUAUAAUAGUGAAUUACUUGCAGUAAAACCAGAAAUAUCUUUCAUAAAACCUGACAGACUUAGAGUGCUUUGUAUUCCUAAGUGUGGAAAACCAAAAACAAAGUUUUUUAAGUGCUCAGAUCAGGGUCAAAGUGAUAUAAGUGCAGUGCAGAAAAUUAAUGAUUUUUUGACAGGUCAGAGUUUUAUUUCAUGGAUCACAUCAGAAAGAAGGUGUGAUAAUGCAGGCAAAGGGGUUGAUUCUUGCUGGAUUUGGAAAGACACCAUAAAAACAGGACCUGACAUGCGUCUCUAUCUUGAUGAGUUAUUAGAUUUUGAUUGCACUAAAAGUGUAGAUGUGAAUCCUGCUAUCGCUCCUUAUCUUGAAAUACAUCAUAAUCCUUCAGUGCCAUCUGUGUCUUAUGCAUGUAAUCCUGGAUGGGGCAGAGCUCAUAGAAGUGAUGAUACAUUUUCUUUGGUAGAUGGUGCUCCUCAUGACUUAUUUGAAAGAACUUAUAGGAUAGUUAGUGUUUAUGUGCGUUGUUCAUCGAGAUCUACCAUGUGCAGGACAACAUGUGGAGAACUUCUUUCACAAAGCAGAAUUGUUGGCAGUUACUUUUCUUGUUGCAGGGAGCCUGUACCUGCACAUAAUGAAUGCUCCCAUUGUAAAGCAACAACAUCAUCAUAUAACAAGUGGCAUAAAAUGAAUGAUGAUAGCAUUUUAUGCAGAGUAUGCUAUAACUAUUUAAAGAAAAAGAAUGUUCCGAGACCAUUAGAUUCUAAGAAAGUGAAUCGUAAACCUUUUUAUGUCCAUAAUCAAUGCCAGUACAGAUUAAGGUUAGAAUUGACAUCAGACCUGCAGCAUUGGCAGAUAUUUUAUCAUAGUGCCAAUAAGCAAGACCAUGACACUGCCAUGGCUGUUGGUUGUAAAAGAUUUACAUUAACUGAAAGAGAUUAUAUUGAUAAGGUACGCUCCUCAGCCGGUAGAAUGACUGCCAAGCAGAUUGGAAUUGCUUAUAGAUAUGAGAAGAAAAAAGAUUCACUACAUCCAAUGAAGCAGUAUCAAAGUCGCUGUAAAGUUGUGGAUUCACACAUUGUAGAUAAUGGUUUUGUAGAACCUGUUGAAAAUAUAACAAUCAGUCCUGAUUGGAGGAAUACGGAAUAUGAUGAUCCCUUAGCAUUGGAAGUGGAUUGCAUAGAGUUUGAGAUAAAUGAUGUAGAGCCUGAGGUAGCACUAAACACAACUGUACCUACAGUAGUGGUGGAAACAAAGUCAAUUCUUGAUUGUAAUGGUGAUAUUCAAGCCAAAGGAAGUUUUCAUAAGAAACCCUCAAAAUCAGAAGAGUGCCUUAUUGUCUGCUACAAGUGUGUUAUGGAUCCAGGUAGAAAAGAUAAUCCAUUUUCAUGUAAGGAGUCCAAAGAACUUGAUAGUCAUAUUAAGAUGUGUCAUAGAGAGAACUAUUUUUGCUGUUCAAUUUGCUUUCAGGAUAAUAUAGUGGAAUCUUUUCCCAGCCUAAGGAUAUUGAACCAUCAUAUAAGGCAGUUUCACAACAAAGACAGGAGUCUUAAAAAGGUACAGACUACUUUGCAAACAUAAUUCCUUUGGUAAUGAUGCUUGUCAAUAUUGAUAUGUUAUGUAUGUGAGGAUAUCUUGGUUUUUAACUGUUUCCUUUUGUUGUUGUAAAAGAUUCAAGUUUUUGCUAGCAGAAUGUGAAAUGAAGACGAAUGCAGUAUUAUAUCCUGACUUUAUUUUUAAUGUCCAAUUUAUUGAGGACCUGUUAAUCAUGGUUCCUUAGUUUUAAUGAGGCUAUGAAACUAUUUGGGAAAGAAAUUUCUUUUUUGUUACACUUGAAAUUCCAAGCAAUUAAAAUUCUCCCAUUCCUUACUUGAUGACGGGAAUUUUGUACUGCAGUGGGAAUGAGUAAUUAGAAAAGUAAGUAGUUCUCAUUGGAGAUGAGUUCAUAUUGAAAUUCCUUUACUUUUCUGAUUUUUCUAAAAAUUUCUCUGUUAGAAGAUGGUUUUAGUUAACUUGGGAAUAUUUACAAAGCUGGAUUAGCUUACAAGAAAACAAGAAUUGCACUCUUAACUGUUGCCAAACAUUGAUAAUUAUUUAAGUGUAUGAAUGAUGUUUAAAAAGGUAGCAUAGUGAAAUUACCUUGAGGAAAAACUAUGAUGUUUAAAAAGGUAGCAUAGUGAAAUUACAUUGAGGAAAAACUAGUUUAGUAAUAAUUUAUCAAUUUGAUUUGAAGUGUCUUAUGUCAAAACCUGGUUAAGUUUUUGACAAAUAAUAUAAGUUUGUUAUUGUUUCAGGUUGUGUCAUUUUGUUACCAUUCACAGUGUUCUUCAAUGUUAUAUUUUUUAUGGUAAUAUCCCAAACUAGCAAAAAAAAAAAUAAUAAUAAUAAUAGUAGCCAGUGAAUUCGGGCAACAAAAAAACUUUUAUUGCAAAAACCAAACUGAAUGAAAUAUACUUGUACAAUAAUUUGUGAUACUGUGUAGGAUUUUUAAUGUUCAACUUUUCUCAUGUAAAUGUCCUUAAUGACAUUAAAGUAGUUCUUAAUCUUGAUGAAUUAAUAACAGUAUAAUUAGGCCAUAUCCAAGAAAAAUGUUUAUGAAAAUAGGCAUAAUUCUGUCAAACACCCAAUAAGUGUGAAAAAAUUUAUUUCUGUUUUCACUGGCUCAAAAAUAAUUUAGGAAGCAUUUAGAUAUUGCUAUCCAACAUAACAUGAAGAAUUGUGUUGAUGGUGCUUAACUAGGAUUUGAUGCAGAAUACCUCAAAUGUAUACAGUAUAUUCAUUUUUGAUCAGAUUUGUUAAGAUUAACUCAUCAAAGAGUUUCCAAAUAUAAUUUAUUACUUGUUUGAAAUUAUUUCAUUAUAUAAUUAUCACUAAAUUAGUUUUUAAGGCAAAAGUGCCUUUUCUAAAUUACUUAUGCAAAUCAUUCUGAAGCUUUUCUUUUCACUUCAUGGUCCAGUACUGCACUGCUAAUGCUAAUGGAGCUUUAAAGUACAUGUAUGAAUUUUACAGUAUUUUUUGUAUACCAUAUGUAUGUAUGUAUGCAUGUUGUCUGUUAAGAUGUAAUCUCAAAGUGAUAAAAAUAGUUAAGAUGCACACUUUUGUUCUGUGAUAACAUAUUUUUAAUGUACAAAGGAAGUGUUUGGUUAGCCACAGUCAUUGAAAUGUACUAAUAAUACCAAGUGACUUUUUAAUAGCCUGUACUAUACUGAAUAUUAUAUGAAUAUUAAUUUA